GUCCAUGAUAGUGUAACGGGUUUUAAAAAAUAAUAAUAAUAAUAAAAGGAUAUACUCGAGCUUAUUAAUGAAUUCAUGUUUGCGGUGUAAUACACUAGGAUUUGGCAGCUGUACUAUGUAACGUCGGCUAAAUGUUAAUCAACCCGUUAGCAUGCUAGCUCGCUAACUUCCUGGUAAACUCAUAGUUUGUGCAGCUGGACUCGACGCUGUUUCUCCCUGAAACAGUUCCGUGUGCUCAUAAAUCAAUUUACCGAAAUAUCGCCACGUUAUUUACCAGCUACUGGGUUUUCUUUGACAGUCUAGUUUUAUAAAUUUCUAUAUAUUUAUAUAUGUAUGCGGCUAGUGUGGAUGUGUAGUUGUCAGUGGUUUUGCUGACAUCUGUUGAAGUGCCUCUGAAAUCCAAAUAGUAGUUUCAGUGCUUUUGGUACCUGUCUCUUAGUGUUCUGGACACCAGUGUGAUCCAAUCUAAGCUGUGUCGGAAAUCGUUCACUGUUCCCUAUAUGCAGUGAGUGAGAUUUGAGUCCACUAUUAUGAGGAAGAAGUGAAGGAAAACGAGUGCGCGAGUUCGGACGGUGACGUAAAUAAAGUGCGUCAGAGAACACCGUGUCGCGGACAUUACGGAUCGUAGCUUGAAACAGUAGCGUUCAUUUUCCUCAGUGCUCAUUUGUCAAGGUUUAUCGUAUUCGUCGAUGAAGAGUCCAAAAACCACUGCUUGUCGUGUUUAUUUACUAUUGUGCGUGUUGAUUAUAGUUAAUAAAUGUAUUACGGUGCUGUCUGUCACGUUUGUUGUAUUUGUUUGUUUUUAAAAAGGUAGAAAAGAACUGUUUUCGCUGGGUUUAGUUUUCGAGGGGUUUCCUGUCAGAGUCCUCCAGCUGACUCCUGAGAUUUUAAGCUGCAACUGUCCUGCCUCUAAGCACAAUGCCUUAUGGAACUUUUCCUCUGCAACUUUGAUAUCCUAUCAAUGUUAACAUUCCAAAAUUAGAGACCUUGGGAUAAAAGUCCAAUUUUAUACAAGAGGUCUGCUAGUCAUUCUGGAGCACAUAUCAUUUUUGGAUAGCAAACCUACCAUACAGUUAUUUUUUUUUUAACUGUCAUUUAUUUUUUAUCAUCCCACUGGGUCAAAACUUAUCAUGAGAUUCCGAAUCUACAAGAGGAAAGUGGUGAUCCUGACUCUGGUGGUCGUAAUCUGUGGAUUUGCCGUUUGGAGCAGUGGGAAACAGAAAAGAGGAAGUCCUGUUUUUCCCAAGGAAGUGGAGGCUGUUAAGAAGAGCAGCAGCAGUAGUCUGGCGCAGGUCACAGCGUCAGUAACCCGGAAACCAGUCAAUGACACGCUUCCAGAAAAACAAGUUCUACCCAAGCCUGUGACUGAUAAUACCACUCUGGUGUACCGAGGGAUUGUGUUCCAAAUCAACUUUGACCAGACCUUGAGGAAUGAAGAGAAGUUCAGGUCCACACGACAGAAGGAUGACCUCGUGGUAGUAGUUCAGGUUCACAAUCGACCAGAUUACCUGAGGCUGCUUGUAGAAAGCUUGAGAAAAGCAAAAGGCAUUGAGAAUGUCCUACUUAUCUUCAGCCAUGAUUUCUGGUCCCCAGAGAUCAACGACAUAGUUUCGUCCAUUGACUUCUGCCUUGUCCUUCAGAUAUUCUUUCCUUUUAGCAUUCAACUGUAUCCUCAAGAGUUUCCAGGGAAUGACCCUAGAGACUGUCCCAGAGACAUUUCCAAGAAAGACGCCUUAAAACUCGGCUGCAUAAAUGCAGAAUACCCUGACUCUUUUGGCCAUUACCGCGAGGCCAAAUUUUCCCAAACCAAACACCACUGGUGGUGGAAAUUGCAUUUUGUGUGGGACAGGGUUCGUGUGCUGAAGGAUCACAAAGGAUUGGUGCUUCUUAUCGAGGAGGACCACUACUUAGUCCAAGACUUCUACCAUCUUCUCAAGCUGAUGACAUCUCUAAAGAAGGAGCAGUGUGCUGACUGUGACAUUAUUUCGCUAGGGAGCUACGGGCACAUCGGCUAUUCCAGCAAAGCCAACCGUGUGGAGGUGAAGGCCUGGAAAUCCACAGAGCACAACAUGGGCAUGGCCAUGGACAGGGAGACAUACCAAAAACUCAUCAAGUGCACAGAAACAUUCUGCACCUAUGACGACUACAACUGGGACUGGUCCCUUCAGCACCUAACUGUGAACUGUCUGCCCACUUUCUGGAAGGUCAUGGUCAGUGAAGCUCCCCGUAUAUUUCAUGUUGGGGAUUGUGGCAUGCACCAUAAGAAGGCCUCUUGUAUACCCAAUAAUCAGAAGAGAAGGAUAGAAAGCAUACUUCAGAGCAGCUCAAACCAGCUGUUCCCAAAAAAUUUGCUCAUCACAAAGAGACUUCCUGCGCCUGGGGCUGGUGGAAUAGCCCCUCAUGUUAAAAAUGGAGGAUGGGGUGAUAUCAGGGACCAUGAACUCUGCAAGAGCUAUCUUCGGUUACAGUGACCUUAUCAUAUUUUGUUUGUUGGUUUGUUUUUCUUUUUCUUUUGCAUCCUCUAAUGAAAGCCUUUACAAAUUCUUAAUGGACUAUUUCUUUAUAUUGCCUGUUUUGUUGAAAUAUUCCAAAUAAAAAGGUAUAUGGGA